AUGGCAGGGGACAAGGGCAUAUGGCAGGGUACAAGGGUACGUGGCAGAAGGGCACGAGGGUAUAUGGCAGGGUACAAGGGUACAUGGCAGGGUACAAGGGCAUAUGACAGGGUACAAGGGUACAUGGCAGGGGACAAGGGCAUAUGGCAGGGUACAAGGGUACGUGGCAGAAGGGCACGAGGGCAUAUGGCAGGGUACAAGGGUACAUGGCAGGGUACAAGGGUACGUGGCAGAAGGGUACAAGGGCAUAUGGCAGGGUACAAGGGAAACGAAAAAAAUAGCAGACGAAAGCGUAUCCCUGGAUAUUUCGUGCUGUUGUCUGCGGGGGGCGGUGGUGGUGGUGGCGGUGGAGGCGGCGGCGGCGCUUGCCGGCGUCGUGAAUACGAACGACGUAGUGGUGGCUCUAGGGGUGGUCGGUCAUCCGGUGUCACAACCAUCAGCUCCUCUGUCGCGGGGACCGCUGGGGGCUGCGGCCCCGUGGUGGGGCUCCCCUCCUACAAGAAACGUCAAGGGAGUUCAGCAUCAUGGGGACGAGGUGGACGUGGACGUGACAGAGGUCGCGGGGGUGGGAGUGGUACACCACCAAUCGGAUAUCGUCUGGACUCAGGCGUUGCCCCCGCAAACUAUCCAUCAGGACUUCAGAGUGUUGGUCCCGGAUUUCGGGAGGUCGUGAAUAUUCUAGGCGCGAGAAAUCAAGUGGGAACAUUGACUGGCGUUGGGCCACCACCUGGCGCCGAAGAGACCGACGAAGAGGAGGACGAGGAAGAGGGAAUAACCCCAAAACGACCGCCAAGGCCGCUCUACAGGAGAUUUAUCAACUAUGUACGUCAAGCGUGGACGGGUGUCAAAUUUGCAUUAGACUCGGAGUACGAAGAGGAGCAGACACCUAGAUACAGACCGGACUCGUUGGCGAGUCUCUGCAGGGCGACAAGAUUUACCGAGGCUGAGUUGAAAAGAAUAUACCGGGGAUUUAAAGCCGAGUGUCCCACGGGUGUUGUCAGAGAGGACACCUUCAAAUGCAUUUACUCACAGUUCUUUCCCCAAGGAGCGAAUACGAGCCAAUACGCCCACUACGUCUUCAACACCCUGGAUCAAGAUCACAGUGGAUUAUUGAGUUUCGAAGAUUUUGUGACGGGAUUGAGCAUAUUGUCGAGAGGAUCCAUGGAUGAAAAACUCCGGUGGACAUUCUCUCUGUAUGACAUCAACGGCGACGGCGCUAUCACCCGAGAGGAAAUGACGGACAUUGUGACAGCUGUCUACGAACUCAUGGGGAAAUUUUCCGAUCCCAAUAUGGAUCACGAGGGCGUUCGCAAAAAGGUGGAUCGUAUGUUUCAGAAAAUGGACGAGAACAAGGAUGGCGUUGUGACCCUAACCGAAUUUUUGGACGCCUGUCGCGCCGAUCCUGAAAUCUCAACGUCGAUGGCGGCCUUGGACACGGCCUUCUGACACGCGGCAAAGAGAAACCCCUCGCCAUGGACCUGAUAAAGUCCAUUCUGAAUUGAAUAAGCUCAAAUAUUUUAAAACUCAUCUCCACGAAGAGGGAGUUGGACACAAGCCUUCCAGUGCUGUUUCCAAAAAUUGAUGAAAUUUUGGUCCUUUGAACGAAGCAACGGCUGAACGAUGAAGAGAACAAGUCGUCGAGUCAUUGAGAGGGAAAAUGAUAAUUGUAACUUGACAAUGGCCGAAGCCCUUUGGAAUACUUGUACCCAGUGGGAAUGAGGGUCGAAGUUUGAUUGCAGAAGCUGAAACUACCGGAAGUUGUUCUUCGGCGGAUGUAAUCCUAGUUUUCUCAAGGUUUUAUUGCAUCGCAGGACUUGGAAAUGCUCGUGAAUCUACGCGAAAAAAUAUUCUCGAUAUUUCUGUAGAUGAUUUGUGUUGACAUUGAGAGGAUUAAUUUGUAGUUUGAUAGAUUGAUGAGGUUGAAAUACGCGGAUGAUUCGAUUAGAGAAAAACAAGCGGGAAAUUCCUGUCUGGGCGAGAGAUUUUUCAUAGGAAUUUUACUUUUGAAUGUAUUUUGAUGAUCAGUUUUUUUUGUGGUUUUUAAUUUUUAUUUACGGAGAUUAAGGGAUGAAACUUGACCUGAUCGGGGAGAAGUCAAUUCUUCUCCGAACAGCGUUGGUUUCAUCCCUUAAUAUUCAUUAGCAACGGAGAGACAAUUUUUUAAUAAACGAUGAAUUAUUUAGUUGACACGAAAAAAUUGAAAAUUUUCAUUUCCACGAUUACUGUUUCCAUUCGACAGUAAUAAAUUGUUAUAAAUAAUUUUUGGUUAUUAAAUACUCGAACACAAGAACUAUUGUAUAUUGUAAGAAUGAAAAAUUACUCAUUCAUUAUUUUUAAUCAAUGUAUUUAUUUACAUUUAUUCCCCUCAUGAUUUAUCGUCAAAAUUCCGGGGACUCAUCUGCAAUAAAAACUAACAAAUGACUCGUUUUGAAAAUUUCAAACUUUCAAAGCUCUCAAACGACAGAAUUAAAUCUGCGCAAGAUGUUUUAAUUUUAACUCCAGGAAAAAUUAAAAAAUUUACUUGAGAAGCUGGCGAUAAGUAAAUUGUCGAUACGUGACAACGAUUUAUUCAUAGAAAAUGAGCAUAUAUUUUUUUUCAUGAUGUAGAAAAUAAUUCGGGAAAUGAAACAAAAAAAAAUUGUCUAUUGCAUAUCACCGUUGAUAUCGUUCACCACGUAUGGUACAAAAAUAUUUGUGAACACUCGAGGAAGGGAAUGGAUGUUGAAGUGGCAGAAAAUAUUGUGACAACCAGCAUAACCAUGCAUCAGGGAUUCUUUGUCGAUAAAUUUCACGCGUCAAUAUUUUUGUUUAAUACGCGAGGAUAUGAAAAAUGAGGGGAGAGGUGUGGCAUUGGGGAUAUCCAAAAUGGGAUGACCGAAAAUUAUAGUUUUGGGGGGGGGAGAAUGACGAAUUGGUCGGCUGCACAAUUUUUUUUAUUGAACGAAAUUAUAUAAUAUGAGAACCGAAUGACAAAUUGUUAUAUAUAUAUAUCUAUAUAUAUUUACAUUACGAUUUGAAGUCAUAAUUUAUUCAGUACAACCAGGUACAUAUUUUAUUUGUAUUAAAAAUAUUAUUUGCGUCGGAUAAAUCGUUUAUUCAAGUUUUAAAAAAUGUAAGUUCGUAUUAACUAAUAAGUUUAUGUAAUUAAAAUAAUUUCAUUGAAAUAAAGCGACAAAUUACGAAAUACUAAUUGUUAAGGGGAUCCCCUAGGAUAUCCCUAAUCAUUCAACGAAUUUCACGUAUUUUGAGGUAACCUGGGCAGCCAUAACAAAAAAAAUGUUGAUGAAAAACUCGAUAAGAGAACGUUAAUUAUCGCUCGGCCGUGAUGGGCUUUUCUCUUAGGGUGUAAACACGUAAACGUAAAACAAUAUGAAAUAUUUAUUUUUGUGACUGGUUAAUGAUAACAAAAAACAUAGCUAACGAUAAGUAAACAUAAGGGUCUGGGCUGCUAAUGAUCGUUUAUCACAUGCGAAUGGGGAAAAUCCAUUGAACUGAUUGUUUUUUUUUUCGGUCGAGACUGAACGGAAAAUACUGAGGGUUGAGACGUUUACGAGGUCUUCUCAACAUCAUUUUUCAUCACUGCCUAACUUUGAAAUUGUAUUUAUGAAUAAUGGGGGUGGAGACAUCUGAUGCAUCAAUUUUAUUGAUUGAUUAAUUCGUCGUUUCGAUGAAAAGUUGAAAACUACCAGAAAUUUAUUCGUUAAAUUCAUUUGAAAAUCUUCCACAAUUUAUUUAUUAAUUGUAAGACCUCUGGGAUCUUGUUCUCUUCAAAAAAUUUAAACAACAAUGUUUUUCAUGUUCAUGCGGUUGUUCACGACUCAUCAAAACCUGAAGCUCUUGACGUACGAACAAUUUCAUAGAUCAAGUGGGAAAAAUUCUCAAUUUUUUUUCAGUUUCCAGUGGAAGAAAAAUUUUAAAAAGUAACGAACCAAGAAUUUUCCACGAACAAUGAGCACUUCUAUACGAUUUUCAACAUUCGAUAUUGAAAGAUGAAAGUUUGAACAAAAUUUCUCCGCUUUUUCUAUUAAAUUCUUCGACUGCGUCACAAUUUCAUUCGACAGAUAAAUGAGACCUACGUUAAUAUCGAUUUUUAGCAGCGCCUAUUAGCAUUAAGAUACCUCUUAAGACGAGAUAACCCGAGAUGAAACAUCGAAACGUUAUCUCAUAUCAACUCGAUCACUACCGCAUGUCUUUGAAAAAUGUGUUUAAAAAAAAAAAUGUUACAUUCAUCGCGACUAUCCCGGAAUCCCCUGGACUGGAAUGCAAGGGGUUUACCCUAAUUUGCAUAAUUAAGUCUCUGAUGAGAAUCUGAGGUACAGGUUCAGCGCUGAAUAAACCACCCCUUUUAGUCCCAUCCCCGAUGGGCGGGAUAGCCCUGGUGAGACGAACGUUAUAGCGAUACCGAUAGAGACGAUAAAAAAUUAUGAAAAUAAUCAUCUGUAAUCUAUGACUUAAUGUAGAAUCUAGUCUCUACGGUCAUUGCUGUCACUGUUAUCUGUCAGAAUUAAUAUAUUUUUAUUCAUUUCGAGAAUAUUCUCUGAUGCUCGAGAUAAAAAUGAAAGUACGAUUUUUUUUAUGUUUGGGGAAAUCAAAGGUAUUUUGGGGAGAAGUUGUAAAGGAAUUAAUUUUAUUUAACUCGCGAAGAACCUACUUCCGUUAAUUAUUAAAACAUAUUUAUUAUUACUAAAAUAAUAUUAUGUCCCAUCAGCUCAUGCCCUAUUUUACUGAAAUUUCUAAAAGAAAAUGUUUCAAAAAAUCAAUCAAUUUAUUCAAUUCAAUUAUAUUAUAUUGAUUUUCCUCAAUUUAAUUACCUCAACAAUUACAUUACAUAAAUAAAAAAAAUAUAUUAAUUGUAAUUGAUGAAAUCAAUCAAUUUUUCCAUCUAACUUAUUUUUUUUUAUAUUUCCUACGCUAUUUUCUUGACCCACAUUUCCAAUUUUCUAAUGUCAUUUCUCGUAUUGAAAAAAUCAAAUGAAAAAGACGUUUUAUAUUUUACAACUUGUCCCCAAGAACAUAAACAAAUAUUGAAAUUAAUUUGACAGAGAAUCUCAUUUAAUCUCCAGUGAAAUAACGAUACCAUUAUUAUGAUCUUGAAUCUUCCUGAAUGUACCUAGAGAUACUAUUAACCAUUAGUAAUUUUAAAAAACUAUCUUCACUAUAUGCAAAAAAAUCUUUGUCUCGAUGGCUUCAACUUGCAUAGAUUCUCUCAAGAUAAAUACAUAGGUAGCAAUAAAAUAUAUACAUCCUCUACACGACUGGACAGACGCAUGUCAGGACGAUGGCAAUACGAUAAUUAUUAAUUUAUUAAUAAUUUCGGGGUGGACAACGGGAAAAUGACGCUGUCAAGUCGUUUGUUAUGGAUGACUGAGGCCAAACUCGAUGAACGAUAAAUAUGGUCCGAUGGUCCAAUCAUAGACUAGGAGAGAUGGUAGCCUAAUCGUUAUUACCCGUGAUUAAUCGACCGUACGAUUGAUCCAUCAUGGGAGAGAAGAAAAUUAUACUGACGUUGAAUCUGAGAGAUUUGAGGAUGAAGAUGUGCAAUAAUAGGACGACGAAUAUAUUUUCAGUGUAAAUCGAGUGUAAAUGUCAUAAUGAACAUUAAAAGGGAAUUACCUGUUACAUAGCUUUAAAUAGAUGAGAUUAACGAAUUGAAAUUGAUUUUUUUUUGGCUGAUAAGCAAUUUUUAUCGAUGGGACAGAUGGGAAAUCAGUGUCUGAGAAUACGUGGAUUAUUAUCAAUUGUGAAUUCAAUUAUUCUGGUGUUGAUAUCUGUAAUUGUUUGUCAUGGAGAUAUACGUCAAGUCUCUGUUGUUGAAGAG